CUUUAUCUUAUUGAUGGACUGAUAUAAUGUAAGAUUAUAGAGAGAUAGUAGUUGAAUACAAAAAUAAAUCGAUAAAAGAAAGAUAAAUUGGUACUUUAAAGUGGUAUAAAUAUAGAGAAGAAAUUUCAGAAAUUUAGUAGAACCAUUAAAGAAGUUCAGAUUUAUGGCUUCUUCAAAUUGGUUAACAAGAUGAAUAAGAUUUUUAUUUUGCUAUCAUUAGCAUUAUUCUGCGUUGCCGCGCAAUCGGCGGUAGUAGAACCGAAAGUAGACGUAGAAAUUGUAGAAGGCAAUGAAAAGAAUCUUGUCGGUAUUGACAAUAUAAAUGAAUCAGAUGAAUCCGAAUUAGAAGAAUCUAACGAAGAGGAAUUUGACGAAGAGGAAUCUGACGAAGAGGAAUUUGACGAAUUUAAACGACCACCACACGGCCGACCUACCAGACGACCACCACCCGGCCGACCUACCAGACGACCACCACCCGGCCGACCUACUAGACGACCACCACCCGGCCGUCCUACCAGACGACCACCACCCGGCCGUCCUACCAGACGACCACCACACGGCCGACCUACCAGACGACCACCACAUCACGGAUACUCAGAAGAGGAGUUUGAAUAUAUACCUGUCGCUUCCGACUUAGAAGAAUUUAUUGAAAAUGAAGUUGAGGACUACCGUCGACCACCAUCUCACAAACGUCCACCACCACCACCACCAUCUAAGAAACGUCCACCACCACCACCAUCAAAGAAACGUCCACCCCCACCCCCACCCCCACCACCACCACCACCACCACACAAAAGACAUCCACCACCACCACCACCACCUCAAAGACGUCCACCACUGACAUUAGACGAAUCUGUUGAACCAAUCACUGUUUAAAUAUCAUUUAUGCAACUUAAAUGGACCGUUAUAUGAAAAAAUAUAAAUUAAAUUAAUCUUGCACAUAA